UUUCCUAAGAUAAGCAGAAAGCGAAAACCAACACCACAAGCACCGUCCACUACUGACCUCAAAUAUCAAGAGAGAGUCUCCUUGUAAAGUAAAGGUGCACCGUCACCGUCAUUAAACGGCGCCUUCUAAAAGAGGUAAUAUCUAGUGCAGGCUUCAACCCUUACAUACCGACGAAACUUCCAUGUGAUGAGACGGUGAGUUGCGUUUCCAUUUUCUUCUUCCUUUUUUUCUUUUUUAAUUUUUUCUUUUCAAACAAACAGAAAAUUGAGUUCUCUGUCUUCUCAUGUCUGUUUCUUUUGACGGAAUAUAGGAGGAAAAAAAAAGAAGAAAAAAAAUAGAAAAUAUUAACUUUUUAUUUUUUCUAGAAAAAAAUUAGAAAAAAAAAGAAAAGAAAAUGUUGGUUGUUGACGAUGGUGAUGAUUCGGUGGAAAUGAUCCGCACCAUCGCCUCUGCUCCUACUUCCUCCUCUCGAAUCCUCGAUUCUUUCUCCAAAAGCAAUAAAACCCACCAAGCAUAUCAGCUGAAGCAUGGGAGAUUCUCUCUUCACAGCCUUGUCAAUGGAGAAUCAUCAUCCAUCCACCCUCUUGUCCAUGGAUUCCAGUGCCUCCUCUCACGAAGAAUUGGAUUUAGAGAUGAAUCGUCAAAUCGCACUUUCCCGUCCCCCUGAUAUCAAUUUGCCACUGUCAGCUGAGCGUAGUCCGCCACCACAACAGCCGUGGAAUUCAGACCCAUGUGAUAUAUUGGAUGUUGGUCUUGGUCAGCAGGUUUAUGAGACGGAGAGUUUCCUUAACAUCCCCAAGGUUGGGAGGAAAUGUGCCAAGCGAGUUGAUAGUAUUUGGGGUGCUUGGUUUUUCUUUAGUUUCUACUUUAAACCUGCUUUGAAUGAGAAAUCAAAAGCCAAGAUUAUCCACGAAAGCAAUGUAGUUUCUGGGUUCGACAAAUCUGACCUCAAGCUUGAUGUUUUUAUGGUUCAGCAUGACAUGGAGAACAUGUACAUGUGGGUUUUCAAGGAGAGGCCUGAGAAUGCAUUAGGUAAGAUGCAGCUGAGAAGCUACAUGAAUGGUCAUUCUCGCCAAGGGGAGCGUCCUUUCCCAUUUAGUGUGGAUAAGGGGUUUGUCCGAUCACAUAGAAUGCAACGGAAGCAUUAUCGGGGACUGUCAAAUCCUCAGUGUGUGCAUGGAAUCGAAGUUGUUCCCUCACCCAAUCUAAUGGGUCUUGAUGAGGACGAGAAGAAAAGAUGGAUGGAACUUACAGGCAGGGAUUUGAAUUUUACAAUCCCACCUGAAGCUAGUGAUUUCGGUUCUUGGAGAAAUCUUCCAAACACGGAUUUUGAACUUGAGAGGCCACCUCCCCCCAUAAAGAGCGUCUCUAAUUCCCACUCAAAGAAGCUGCUAAAUGUGUCUGGUCUUAACUUGUCAACUCAGCCAUCCAACCAUAGCAAUGGUGCUGGGAUGGACCUAUCACCUGUCAGCAGCAAAAGGAGGAAGGACUUUUUCCCACAUGGGAGUGAUGAUGAUUGUUACUUGGCUAUUAAUCCUCCCUCUGAUCAGAUGGCAGAUAGGGAACUUCACCAAAGUGAGCCACAAUGGUUGCAUGAUUUCAGUGGGGUAAUGAAGAAUGUUUAUGGGCCUGUGACAGCUGCUAAAACAAUAUAUGAGGAUGAAGAAAGUUACUUGAUUAUUAUCAGCUUGCCAUUUGUGGAUCUGCAAAGAGUGAAGGUUGCUUGGAGAAAUACCCUUACUCAUGGUAUAAUUAAAGUAUCCGGUGUGAGCACAUCUGGCAUGCCAUUCAUCAAGAGACAUGACAGGACUUUCAAGCUAACAGAUCCAACCUCCGAGCAUUGCCCGCCUGGGGAGUUUAUCAGAGAAAUCCAACUUUCAACUAGAAUUCCUGAAGAUGCUAACAUAGAAGCAUAUUAUGAUGGCCCGGGAUCUGUGCUUGAGAUUCUGGUGCCAAAACUUCGUGAAGGACCAGAAGAACAUGAGGUUCGUGUUUGCCUUCGUCCUCACCUUGGUGGCAAUGAUCUCAUGUUAACCUAAGAUUAGGGCAUUUAUGGAGGUGAAAACUGCAGUAGUUGGAGCUUUAUUGUUUUACUAACCAUGUACCAUACAGUGUAUAAUCUAUGAAACAAAAUGUGCGCCUUAGCUUUAUCUCUUGCCAUUUUUUUUCACUAAUUGCCACGGUUUUUAGCUGUUCGUUGGUUGGCAUUUGACUGUAACUUUUGUUGAUUCUUGAAAUUUAUAUAUUUGAUUUGACAUUAAUAUAAAGCAAUUAAACCUUGAAUA